CAUUCUUCGAAAUUAACGGUUGCGGAUCGCAAACCGGGAAGCUCUGUCCUUCCCCUUCCCUCCUAUUUCUUCUCGACUAGGCUCGACAGACAUUGCGCACCACUAGGAGGAAGCGCCCACUAAUCCCGCACCACGACGCGCACUCCCCGCCACCACCGCCGUCCUCGCGCCGGCACGCACGCACUCGGGAGCCUGCGCGGAUACAUUUAGGCGGCGCGGAGCUCGAGGUCGCGCCCUUUCCCCUGCCGCUCCCCUUUGUGUUCGUGUCGUGGCACCAAAGCAGCGGCAAUGGCACACGAUGGCUUCCUCGGGGGCUCCCACGACCUGCCGUGGCCGCUCUCUCAUCAUGCUGCUGUCGCCAACGCCGUCGGAGGCGGGCCGUUCGACGCCCUGCAGGUGGAUGUGCAGCACGCCCUGAUGGGCGCCGGCGCGGUGGCGGGGUGGGAGCACGACGCAGCGCUGGGCUCAAUCGUGCCGUCGCGGUCGUCGUCGCUCGCGGCCGCCGCCGGAGGUGGAGCUGCAGCGGCGCCGUUCGGAGCUCCUCUGCUCGGCGCGGACUCGGAGCGCGCAGCGCGGCUCUCGUGCCUCGCGGCCUCCGGCGGGAAGCUGUCUCGAGCUGCAAGCAGCCAGUCGCUCCUCGGCGAGCCGGCGACGGCGCCUGCUCCCGCUCAGCAGCACGCAAGCGACGGGUCCAGCAGCGACGGCCCCAGCCGGAAGCGAAAGGCGCCGGGCGGCAAGUCCAAGGCCAAGGACGCGGUGACCACGGCGACACCGAAAUCCCGGGAGCCGGAGAUGAGAGCCAAGAAAUGCAAGCUCUCCAUGGACGCCGCCGAUGACGAGGAGCGGAAGCCGGCGGCUGGAGAUGCAGGGCAAAGCAAUGGCAAGGGCAAGGAGGUCGGCGCAGAGCCGCCUAAGGACUACAUCCACGUGCGCGCUCGCCGGGGACAAGCCACGGACAGCCACAGUCUCGCCGAGCGGGUGAGGAGGGAGAAGAUAAGCGAGCGUAUGAAGCUGCUGCAGGACCUCGUCCCCGGCUGCAGUAAGGUUACUGGGAAGGCCGUGAUGCUUGACGAGAUCAUAAACUACGUGCAGUCUCUACAACGGCAAGUGGAGUUCUUGUCGAUGAAACUAUCGACCGUCAACCCACGGUUGGAACUCGGCGUGGACAGCUUCAUUCCCAAAGAUGCAAACCAGCCGUGCGUGCCUGCACCGCCACCGCCACUGCCAGUCUACUCGCUGGAAGGGUCAAGCGCGGCGCUCUGCUACGCCUCAUCUCAAGGUGCUACGGCACCGAGCGUGGUGACCAGUGCCAAAAGCUUCGUAACGUCAUCCACCUUUGCCAACCAUGACAUCCCUGACUACUCAAUUGAAGGAUUUCAAAAUGCUAACUCUCAGAUGGGGAGCUUGUGGGAGGAGGACGACCUCCAAAGCCUGGUGCUGAUGGGGUUCCGGGGCAGUACGUGAUCAUUGACGCGUUGAUUGAGGGACAGUUCAGUUUCACCGAUCACCAAUCAAGGCAAGAGAUAUGAUCAAUUGGGGGGGGGGGGGGGGGGGGGAUGGCGCAGCGGGGGCAUGUCUGGAGUAGGGCCACCUAACAACAGGGUUGGGCUCCAAUCAUUGGAAAUUCUCCAUGAUUGUACAUACACCCGUGCAUAGAAAGAGGACUCUUACUCGCUAAUCGCCUCGGCUGAAAGUUUCCAACUCAGCGAGGCUGAGAAGAACGGCGAAAAAAGACUAUGUUGUUUUUCUUGCAUUUCCAAAAGAAAUUCGCAAAAGCACUGUACUUUCAAUGUAAUGUAAUGAUGUUUAGUCCAUUAGACAUCAAGUUGAUGGAUUUUAUAUACAUGUGAUGAUUCCUGCUUUUGGUAA